GUUCCAGCCCAGGGGCCCCGCCCGGCACGAAGCUCGGAGCGGAAGUGACGUCAGCGCGCCGCCGCCAUCUUUUUCGGCGCUGGCUCCGCACAGUCUAUGUUGUUUCGCCUUAAUCGUGGUAGGGAAAAGGCUUUUUGCUGUUCUAAUGAGGUUGGCUCCGCCCCGCAUCCUCCCGCCUCAGGAACCUGGCGAUUCCGGCGUAUUCCUGAUGGGGUUUCAUCAUCAUGGCCCAGCUGGUCUUGAACUCCUGACCUCAUGUGAUCCACCCACCUCAGCCUCCCAAAGUGCUAGGAUUACAGGCAUGAGCCACUGCGCCCAGCUCCUCUUACUGCUUUUAAGGUCCUGUCUUUGUCCGUGACCUUUGAGAGUCUGAUUAUUGUAUGCUUUAUAGUAGUUUUAUUUGGGUUGAAUCUGUUUGGUGUCCUCCUACCUUCAUGUGCCUGGAUAUUUAUAUUUUUCUCAAUUUUUGGAAAUUUUUUUAUGUCUUGAAUAAGUUUGCAAAGCUUACCCCUUGCACUUGCUCCUUUCCCUCUUGAACACCAAUGAUUCUUAGGUUUUGUCUUUCAAGGUAAUUUUCUGUAUCUUGCAGACAAUCUUAGUUCCUUUUCAUUCUUCUGUUGGUAUACUUUCAAAUGGCCUUUCUUCAAGCUCACUGAUUCUUUCCUCUGAUUCGUUUUGCUGUUGAGAGCCUCUAUUAUGAACUUUUGAGUUCAGUAUAUGUAUUUCUCAGUUGUAAGAUUUCUCUUUUUUUGUUGUUAAUAUCUUCUAAUAUUUUUUCUGAUACAUUUCUAAAUUGUUCUUCUGUGUUGUCUUGGAGAUCACUGAAUUUCCUUAGAACUGUUAUUUUCAGGUCUUAGAGAGCUCACAUACUGUCAUUUCAUUAGGUCAGUCACUAGUAUUUUUUUUGUUUAUUUUGAGAGGUCAUGGUUCCUCUUUUCUUAUCCUUUUUUUUUUUUAGAGAUGGGGUUUCACCAUAUUGGUCAGGCUGGUCUGGAAUUCCUGACCUCAGUUGAUCCACCUGCCUCGGCUUCCCACAGUGCUGAGAUUAUAAGCAUGAGCCACUGCGCCCAGCCGUUUUUUUUUUGUUGUUUUUUUUUUUUUUGAGACGGAGUCUUGCUCUAUAAACCAGGCUGGAGUGCAAUGGUGUGAUCUCGGCUCGCUGCAAGCUUCACCUCUCCAAUUCCAGUUUAAGCAAUUUUCCUGCAUCAGCCUCCCAAGCAGCUGGGAUUAUAGGCACGUGCCACUAUGCACAGCUAAUUUUUGUGUUUUUAGUAGAGACGAGGUUUCACCAUAUUGGCCAGGCUGGUCUUCAACUCCUGACCUUGCGGUACUCCCGCCUUGGCCCCUCAAAGUGCUUUGAUUACAGGCGUGAGCCACCAUGCCCAGCCUUAUUUUAUUUUCAGAUAGACUUUCGCUCUUGUUGUCCAGGCUGGAGUGCAGUGGGACGAUCUCAGCUUACCCUAACCUGCCUCCCAGGUUCAAGCAAUUCUCCUGCCUCAGCCUCCUGAGUAGCUAGGAUACAGUUGCCUGCUAACACAUGCAGUUAAUUUGUUUGUAUUUUUAGUAGAGACAAAGUUUCACCAUGUUGGCCAAGCUGGUCUCGAACUUUUGACCUCAGCUGAUCUGCCCGCCUGGGCCUCCCAAAAUUCUGUGAUUACAGGUUCGUAAGCUUCCCUGAGGCGAUCUUGGCAUGAAGGAAGAGAGAGCAUUGAGGCACAUCCCACCAUCAGCUUCAGAGAAUGGCAGCCAUCGAUUUGUCCUGCGGGUUUUUUCCCAGGGAAGCAAUCUGCCCUCUUGAAGAAAAGACAAAGGUAGAAAGGACGGUGGUGGACUACCUGGCAAAUGGUUAUCAGGAUUCAGUGACCUUUGAUGAUGUUGCUGUGGAGUUCACCCCAGAGGAGUGGGCUUUACUGGACACAACUCAGAAAUACCUCUACAGAGAUGUGAUGCUGGAGAACUACAAGAACCUGGCCUCUGUGGAAUGGGAAAUACAACCUAGAUCCCAAGGGCCAUCACAUCAGCAGGGUUUUUUGAAGAAUGAAAUAUUCAGUGGGCUACAAAUGGAAAGAAGCUACAGGUUAGGGAAACUCUGUGACUGUAAGAAUUGUGGAGAGGUCUUCAGUGAAUGGUUUUUCUUCGAGACACUCAUGAGAGCUCAGAAUGGAGGGAACACUUCUGAGUAUAAUUGUUAUGGAAACGAUGUCCUCUCUGUGCAGAAGAAAACCUCUAUUGGACAGGAACUUUCCAAACUUAAUCCAUGUAGCAAAGUCUUCACCCUAACUCCAGGCCUUGCUGUACAUCUUCAAAUUCUCAAUGCAAGAAAACCCUACAAAUGUAAGGCAUGUGGAAAAGGCUUUAAGUAUUUUGCGAGUCUUGAUAAUCACAUGGGAAUCCACACUGGAGUGAAGCUCUGUGAAUUUCAGGAAUGUGGAGGAGCCAUCACAGCUUCCUCACAGCUAAAGCAGUGUGUAACAGUUCAUACUGGAAAGAAAUCCAAAAAGACUAAGAAAUGCGGGAAAUCCUUCACUAAUUUUUCUCAACUUUCUGCACAUGGGAAAAAUUAUAAAGGAGAGAAGUCCUUUGAAUGUAAAGAAUGUGGAAGAUCCUUUAGAAAUUCCUCCUGUCUUUAUGAUCACAUUCAAAUUCAUACUGGAAUAAAACCACACAAAUGUACGGAAUGUGGGAAAGCAUUUACUAGAUCAACUCAACUUACUGAACAUAUAAGAACUCACACUGGAAUAAAACCCUAUAAAUGUAAGGAAUGUGGGCAAGCCUUCACUCAGUACUCAGGCCUUGCUAUACACAAAGGACGUCACAGUGCAGAGAAACCCUACCAGUGUAAGGAAUGUGGGAAGGGCUUCACUACAUCUACAAGCCUUACUCAACAUACAAGAAUUCACACAGGAGAGAAGCCUUAUAUAUGUGGUGAAUGUGGAAGAACCUUCAUUACUUCUUCCCAUCGUGCUAAACAUUUGAGAACUCAUACUGGAGAAAGGCGCUAUGUAUGCAAGAUAUGUGGGAAAGCAUUUAUGUAUUCCUCAGGCUUUAAUGUUCACCUACGAACUCAUACUGGAGAGAAACCCUUUGUAUGUAAAGAAUGUGGGAAAGCAUUUGCUUCUUCCUCACUCCUAAGUAGACAUGGAACAAUUCAUAGCCGGGCACAGUUGCUCACACCUGUAAUCCCAACACUUUGGGAAGCCGAGGCAGUGGAUCAUGAGGUCAGGAGAUCUAGCGUAACAGGAUCGCAAAGUAAGAUCGUGGCUAACAUGGUGAAACCCCAUCUCCACUAAAAAUACAAAAAAUUAGCUGGGUGUGGUGGCACCCACCUGCAGUCCCAGAUACUUAGGAGGCUGACUCAGGAGAAUUGCUUGAACCCAUCAGGCAGAGGUUGCAACAAGCUGGCAUGGCACCAUUGCACUCCAGCCUGGGCAAGACAGUGAGACUCUGUCCCCCCAUGCCAAAAAAAAAUUCAAACUGGGGAGAAAUCCUAGGAAUGUGAGGGUAUGAGUGUUAACAUUUAGCCCAUCGGUUGCCAUCUUUAGUUAUUGGCAGUGACACCAAAGAUCGUCAGAUAUGUCCUAAAUGCCUUGUGGGGGUUGUAAUGGCUUAUGGAUUGGCCUUAGGUAACCUCCCAAGUGUUUGAAAUUAAACCUACUGGUUCUGAAUACAAUUUCCCCAUGGUUGCCUGAGUCUGGGCAUCUCUUGAGUCUGGGAUGCCGAGGUCAGUACUGCAUGCUGCCUCACCUUGGUGAUUACAUUCAUAGGAUCAUAGCAUUAACAAGUUCUGUAGGAGAUAAAUCAUGCAGAUUGGUCCCAGACCCUGUUGGUUAGUGGCUGCCAGUGUGGCACAUUCAUGUUAAAAUUUACCAGAAGCCAAGAUGAUGUAGGCCUCAGAGGCGGGUUGUUGAGAAAUGCUCCUCGAAGAAUCUCUUCUGUUCCCACAGAUCCUGGAGAGUGUGGCAAGAAUUAAAGCAUCCUUAACUGUCAGUGCACUUUCAUAGCUGAUUCCUGUGAAAUCUAAGAAGAGUGACAGCCAUGUUGUUUUUUUCUGCCUUCUCUGUUCAUUUUAGGUGGCACCAUCUAAGUGGUGGUAUCUCUUCUAGUGUAAUCUAGUCUGUCUCCUGUUUUUUUUUUUUUUUUAAAGAUGGGGUUUCACCAUGACAGCCAGGCUGGUCUUGAACUCCUGACCUCAGGUGAUCCACCCACCUCGGCCUCCCAAAGUGCUAGGAUUACAGGUGUGAGCCACCGCACCCAGCCUUUCUCCUCAUUUUUGAUAAGAUAGCUGAUAAGGUCCCACUCAUGAUCUCUUUAUCAAAUGAUUCUUUAGCCACACUUUAAGGAUUCUCUUUAGUAUAAGUUUUCUAACAUUUGGAGUAUGGAUAGGCUGAGAACAUUCCAAAUCUCCAAGUUCUGGUUCCUUUUUCUUUUCCUUAACAAUUUCUUCUACAAUUCAGGGAUUUUUUUUUUUUCGUGAGACAGUUUUGCUCUUGUAGCCCAGGCUAGAGGGCAGUGGCAUGACCUCGGCUCACUGCAACCUCUGCCUCUGCCUGCCGAGUAGCUGGGAUUACAGCAUGCACCACCACCCUCCGCUAAUUUUGUAUUUUUGGUAGAGACAGGGUUUCUCCAUGUUGGUCAGGCUGGUCUUGAACUCCCAACCUCAAAGGAUCAACCUGCCUUGGCCUUCCAAAGUGCUGUGGUUACAGGCAUGAGCCACUGUGCAUGGCCAAAAAAACAGUGGGAGACUCCAUCUCAAAAAUAAACAAAACAAAAAACAAAACAGUAGUAGUUGGAUUGAAGAAAAAGAUCACCGUUUUUUUUUUGAGGCAGAGUCUCCCUUUGUGGCCCAGGCUGGAGUGCAGUAGCGUGAUCUUGGCUCACUGGAACUUACACCUCCCGGGUUUAAGCGAUUCUCUUGCCUCAGCCCCCUGAGUUGCUGGGACUCCAGGCACCCAACACCACGCUCAGCUAAUCUUUGGGAGGCCAAGGUGGGAGGAUGAGCAUCAUAGUGAGACCCCGUCUACAAAAAAAAUAAAAUUGGGUAAGCAAGGUGUUCCUGUAGUCACAACUACUUGGGAGGAUGACUCGGGAGGAUUGCUUGAGUCUAGGAAGUUGAGGCUGUAGUGGGCUCUGAUUGGGCCACUGCAGACUAGGCUAGACAGCCCUAUCUCUAGAAAAAAAUAUGAAAAGUGGUAAAUGGCCCUGCAUGACAGACUAUAUCACAGUGUUCUGGUCGCAUCCAUCAAGGUCUCCAUACUCAAUACCCAAUAUUAUUUGGAUUACUGAUUCUCUUCACUCAACAACAGAUAAAUAAUUUGCCCUUGUAGAUUGGUGUGAGGGUUAAUGCUGAGUGUCGACUGGAUUGAAGGACACAAAGUAUGGAUCCUGGGUGUGUCUGAGGGUGUUGCCAUAGGAGAUUAACAUUUGAGUCAGUGCGCUGGGAAAGGUAGACCCACCUUUAAUCUGGGUGGGCACAAUCUAAUCAGCUGCCAGGGAGUCUAGAAUAUAAGCAGGCAGAAAAAUGUGAGAGAGACUGACUUAGCCUCCCAGCCUACAUCUUUCUCCUGUGCUGGAUGCUUCCUGCCCUUGAACAUCUGACUCCAGAUUCUUCACUUUUGCAUCUCGAACUGGCUCUCCUUGCUCCUCAGCCUGCAGACAGUAUUGUGGGACCUUCUGAUCAUGUGAGUUAAUAAUAAAGAUAUACACACA